GAUGGGAAGGCUGGAAGUUUUUGCAGAAGGGAGUGAGAAGCACUCGUAGGGUUGGCUGGGAGAGGGGAGCAGAGCUGGAAUCCAGCUUUCUAUGAUAGCCACUCACCCUCAGUGAAGUCAAGCCAAGGGGACCAGGUGACAGCAUGGUGCAACAAGCAGACAGCAUGGACAUGGAGAGCAGUCACCACACAGAAGUCACAGACACUGAGGAGGGAGAGUUUAUGGCUGGAAGCCCAGUAGCCCUUGAUGAAAGUGACCCAGACUGGUGUAAAACGGCUACUGGUCACAUUAAGCGACCCAUGAAUGCCUUUAUGGUAUGGUCCAAGAUAGAGAGGAGAAAGAUCAUGGAGCAGUCCCCUGACAUGCACAAUGCUGAGAUCUCCAAAAGGCUGGGGAAACGCUGGAAGAUGCUCAAUGACAGCGAAAAAAUCCCGUUUAUCAGGGAAGCCGAGAGGCUGAGGCUCAAACACAUGGCGGAUUACCCAGAUUACAAAUACCGACCCAGGAAAAAACCCAAGCUGGAACCUUCAUCUAAGCACACCCUCGGCCAUUCUCCAGACAAGAGUGCCACCUCCACCACCACCACCAGUGGCAAAAGCAACAAGAUCUCAGCCAAGAAGUGUCCCAAGCUGAAGUCCAGCAGCAAGCUUGGGGCUAAGUCACCUCAGGAGGAUGCCGGUGGAGAGGACUAUGUCUUUGGGAACCUUAAGGUGAGCAAGGCUGUAAAAUGUGUGUUUAUGGAUGAUGAUGAGGAGGAAGAGGACGAUGAAGAAGAUGAGUUGCAGAUUAGGAUAAAGCAAGAGGAGGAGGAUGAGGAGCAGCUGAGGCAAUAUAAUGUAGCCAAAGUGCCAGCUAGUCCCACCUUGAGCUCUUCUGCUGAAUCCACGGAAGGAGCCAGCAUGUAUGAGGAGAUGGCAAAUGCCACCAACAACAGACUCUUUUACAACUUCAAAAAUAUCACCAAGCAAAGCACAGCACAUCAUCCCACCUUUACCCUGGCUCCAGUCAGGUCUAUCACUACCUCAACCAGCGACAAAGAUGAUCUGCUGUUUGAUUUGAGUUUAAACUUCACCCAAAACCCUCAGGCACCCGAACUGGGUAACUCCAAUUCAGGAAACCUUUCACUCUCAUUAGUGGAUAAAGACUUAGAUUCAUGCAGUGAGGGCAGCCUGGGCUCUCAUUUUGAGUUUCCAGAUUACUGCACCCCAGAACUCAGCGAGAUGAUUGCAGGGGACUGGCUUGAAGCCAACUUUUCAGACUUGGUGUUCACCUACUGAUUUUUUUUGUAAAUUUCUUUUGUAAUUUUUAAUUAUUUGUAUUUUUUGGA